UGGGCGCCCGGCGGCGGCUCAGUGCGCAGGCACGGAGCGGGAGCGAGCGGCGCUCCGGGCCGUACAUAAUACGUGGUGUCUGGGGCCGGCGCGGCGCAGAGCGGAGAUGGGACCGGGGCGGGAGAGCCGCAGCUAGCGCCGCCGCGGUUGCUCAGCUGGUCGAGGGGAGCGGCAGGAGGGACAGCUGAGAAAAGAGACCACCUUAGGCCAAAUUACCAGGCUGCUUCAAUGAGUCAUGUAGGGCUGGGAAGCCUUCUCUCUAAGGAACAAGAUAUUUUGCAAAAGAUAGGAGAUCACUUAUGGUAGGAAGGAUGAGCUCCUAUGCUGACAUCUGUGGGUCCAAGCAUGUGCAGGGCAGCACCGAGGGAGGGUACCAACGCUACGGAGUUCGGUCCUACCUGCAUCAGUUUUAUGAGGACUGCACAGCUUCAAUUUGGGAGUAUGAGGAUGAUUUUCAGAUCCAGAGAUCGCCUAGCAGGUGGAGCUCUGCAUUCUGGAAGGUCGGACUCAUCUCUGGGACGGCUUUUAUGCUGAUAGGUUUAACGGUUCUUGUAGUGGGUUUUCUUGUGCCACCGAAAAUCGAAGCCCUCGGGAAAGAUGAUUUUGUUGUCGUGGAUACCCGUGCCAUUCAGUUUAAUGGGUCCCUUGAUAUAUGCAAACUGGUAGGAGCAAUCUUGUUUUGUGUUGGAGGGUCCACUGUGGCAGCGUGUCUGCUGAUGUCUGCUUUUGCUAAAAGUUAUUCCAAAGAGGAAAAGUACCUGCAGCAAAGAUUUAAAGAGAGAAUAGCUGAUAUAAAAUCCCAUGCAAACCCAGUCACAAAAGCGCCAGCACCUGGAGAAUCAAAGAUACCUGUCACUUUGUCCAAAGUUCAAAAUGUCCAACCUUUAUCUGAAACCUGACCCUUUCCUCAGGUGUUGUUUCUCACUUGCAGAUCACUUUAACUGGAAAAUACCAGCUGUUCUUGGCAUAUGUGCUAGUCAAUUACAACAUCAAGUGCUGUGCUAUACAAACACACAGCUGAUGGGGAACCUGCUCCAAUACAAAUUUAGGAUUGGGAAAAGGGAAAUUAUGUGAUUAGACGUGUGACCAACAUAUUCAGUGUAUUUGAACAUUUUAAUCUGUGGUGAACCAAUAGGUCCUUGCAAUGAUGAUUAGGUGUUUAGCUUAUCAGAUUGCAUCCCUGGAAAACAUAGGGUGCAUUUAUGACAGGUCCACCCUGCAUCCCACUACUUAAAGUUUAAAUGAGUUGGCUUUUUGUUUAAUUUUCUUCUUGUCUUUAAAGUACUGUUUAGUCUUACUUUUACUGCCUGGUUCUGCUGUCUGGGAAGCCAAGAUUCUGCCCUUGUAAUUUGCACUUAUCCUCCUGUCACAUGCUAUACUCUGUAUCAAAGUAAUACUGCACAGGUAAAACAUCCAUGACAGUGAUUAAUUUGAUCCUGGCACAUGUCACUUCCCAGUGGUGUUACUUUCUGGGAAAAACAAGUUAUACUUGAUCCUGAGUUACAAUUAACCUGUGCAAAACUGCCACUUUUGUCUUGGUCAUUGCCAUGUUAACAAAAAAUACAAAAUAAAGGAAUUCAUAUGGUAGGAGGAACAUCAUACUUGUGUAUCCACUUUGGUUUGAUAUUGUUUCUUUCAUUAUAUUGUGUUAUGUUUGAAGCUCAUACAAAAUGUUUUAGUUUUGGCUAGGUAUGAAUUACUAAAUGUGGUUUGACAUGCCCAGGCCCCAUAUUCUGUCAGUACCACGUUAGAUGACCGUAACAUAUUUACCUAAAGACAUUUUGAAAUGCUGUUUAUAUUUUUAUAGAGGAUAGAAAGAGUUAUGCUUAACCAGAUACAUUUGUGCAAAUGCUUACCUGAAGAUUUGUCCUUUCAUGGAAGAACCUUAAUUAUUUUCCCACCCAGGGCAAUUAUUUCACUGUCUUCAUCUAUGGAUUUAAAUUAAAAUGUAUAAAGAAAGAUGUGACAUUUGUACUCUCUGACAAUAUGUGCCACCUUAUAGUUCUGUCUAUUUUUUGAAUGGAUUGAAUAAAGUUCUAGGCGUGAGCCAACCAUGGA